AUGGCAAACGUGCGCGGGUCCUUUUGCUUACUUGAUGUAUUCCCAUGCGUUCGAGCACGUGCAUAUGAGGUGGGCGUACUGCGAAUAUUGAGUUUUGUCUGCUUCACUCUCCCAGCAGUAAUUAUUGCAGCGUUGUUUGUGAGAUCUGGGAAGCGCAAGUGUGGUUCGCGCUGCCGCCAUCUGUGGGUUGCAAGGCGUGGCGGCAUUGACGGGAAGGUACUGCAGCAGCGUUAUCCAGCAUCAGUUCAACAUGUCAAUCAUGUUUCCGUCGAUCCCUUGAGAAUGAAGCUUAAGUACUUAGACCUUUUCUUGCGCUGGGAUUGUGGCUCAGACUUGCUACAGAUGGGCCUCUUCCCCAAUGCAAAGGAGGUGACAGAGUCAAUGGCUUGCGUGACAGCCAUUGAUAAGAUCCUAGCGUUACGAUUUAGCGAUGCGGCGACUCUCUGCAUUGUCGUUGGUGACGGCUCGCUUCCGCGCACGGCAGCGCUCAUCGCGAUGAAGACGAAGUGGCGUCGUGUUUUGUCCAUCGACCCAGACCUUGCGGGCCUCCCGGUCGCCAGCUGCCAGGGCGUUCCCCGUGUCGCAGCAAAGAACAAGGUUUGGGCGAACAACCACUCCCAGAGGCUUGAACACCAUGCAGCGUUUGAUGCCAGAAGGGCCAAGAUGCACAGCAGGCUUGUCAGGAUCGGAGAAAUACGUAGGCUGGAGCUGGUGCCCCGCUUGGUGCAGGAUGUUGUGGUCGACCUCGAGGAUGGCUCGGAGAGUCAGGUCGUCUUGGUGUUGCCACACGCUCACGUGGUCCCGGAGGUUGCGUUGAGCAGAUUGCGUUUGGGAGGCCAGCUGCUUUCACAGGGCAACCUUCCGACCGUUUCGGUGAUACAGCUUCCUUGCUGCACCUUCGUGCGCUGUAAUCGCAUCUGGGGCCAGGCGCCAGAUGCCGAGUACACAGAUGAGUGCAUCUGUAGCGAUGACCGUAUGACCCCACGGACGGUCAGGGUAUGGAAGAAUGUAACUCCUGCUGGUAUCGCUUGCAAGUGGAGGGAUAGAGGCGCUUUUAAUAAUUCGGAAUGA